ACCCUGUCCUUUGUCCUGGUUUUCCAGGUGUGUGCUACCAGCUACAUUUAAAAUCCUGGUUCUCUUUUGGAGCCUUCCUAACACGGCUACUACCUGGACGGAGCAUAAUUUCCUGACAGAUAGUCCUGGCCAUCAAUUGAUAUGCACGAAGCCAUCAUUCGUUGAAAUUCCACUCUGAGCUGGCUUUUCCUUCAACGUGUCGCUUCGACGUACCUUACUUACGAACUAUGCAGCUGGAGAACUUGUACAGCCUCUUGACUCUUCCAUUUCUAGUCGGGUUGAGCGCCUUCUUCACUGCUGCUACUCAGCUUUUUGCGCCAAAGGCUCGGACGCCUAUUGUUGUUUUCCCACAUCAACCCAGCCAUGUUGUAGUUAAGAAGGGUGCUUCAUCGGCAGAUGGCGACAAACUAUCUUUGAAAUCACUGGUUCUCUCGAGAUGCAGAAGCCUCUUCUCUGAAUACAAAUCGACUUGGUGGCUCCCAAACGGGCAUCUUCAAACUGCGUAUAGCGUUACGGCUGACUUCACGAAGACAGACAAAAUGUAUUACAAUAGGCAGUAUAUUCGCUUACUUGAUGGAGGAACCCUUGGUCUCGAUUUCGCUCCCGUCGAUUCCUCUCAACUCAAGCCUGACACACCGAUAAUAGUUGUACAGCAUGGUUUAACCGGUGGUUCGUAUGAAGCCUAUGUCAGAGCAAUUCUUUACCCCGCUUGUACCCCAGUUGAAGAAGGAGGCUUAGGUUACCGUGCCGUUGUCAUCAACUUCCGCGGGUGCGCUGGAGUCCCUAUUACCAGCUCGAUGCUAUACUCAGCGGGUCACACCGAUGACUUACGCCAGGCUUUGUUCUACAUAUCACACACUUACCCCGAAGCCCCCUUGCUCGGACUGGGAUUCUCCUUGGGUGCCAAUAUCAUGACUAGAUACAUUUCGGAAGAAGGUCCACGAUGCAGGUUGACCUCUGGCUGUGCUCUAGCUUGCCCAUGGGAUCUGGCCCAGAAUAAUGAACAGCUCCUAAGCAGUUUCAUCGGCAAACACGUUUACGCGAAAGGGUUAGGCACCAACCUACUCAAUCUUGUUAAGCGGCAUCAAACUGCUCUACUGGCGAAACCUAACGAUCGGAUUCUCGAAGCCAUGGCUGCGGUACUCGCGUUGAAGAAUCCCACAUUGAGGGACUUUGACCACGCAUUUUCGCGUAUUGCUUCAGGCCCUCCGCCUUCCUUCCCCUACGUAUCAGCAGAAGCUUACUAUGAUGGACAGUCUAGUCAUCAUGCGGUGAAAGAUAUUCAUAUCCCGUUUUUAUCCAUCAACUCUGCAGAUGAUCCUAUUGUACGGUCGGUUCCAAUGGAUGGUGGAGGUAAUGGCUUUGUGAUGAUGGCCUUGACACCCGGAGGUGGCCAUUUGGGAUGGUUCCAAUCUGGUGCAUCGUGGCAAGAAUUAAACAGGUGGACGACGCAACCUGUACUUGAGUGGAUGCGAAUGGCGGGUGAAAUGGUAGUCGGAGAUAUAUGCAAGUCCCGGCCAUUACAGGUUGAUGCUGACGGGUGGAUAAAAGAACAAGGCGUAAAUCAUCUUGGCUGCAAGGUUGCGGAAAGCGGAGGUACCAUUGAUGGUAACGUUGUUGGUGACGGGACCAUGCAAGGUUUGUAGGCGCGCGCUGAGCCUAACGUAUAUCAUACA